GCUCAAAAAGUGGGAUGACUUUGAAGAUAUGUUAGAGGAAAGGAGGCAUGUCAGUGACCUGAAGUUUGCCAUGAAGUGCUACACCCCCCUCCUGUAUAAGGGGCUCAUUCCGUGCACGCCAAACGAUAUUAAGUCUAGUGUUCUCAACUCCGAAGAGGUUUACUAUGUCAUUAAGCAGCUCUCCAAGGAGUCCGUCCAGUCCCAGGAUGCCCUCCGCGAGGAAGCGUGCCAGAUCUUGGAUGAAAUGAGCCACAAGCUGCGUCUGGGAGCCAUCCGGUUUUUUGCCUUUGCCCUGAGCAAAAUAUUUAAACAGAUUUACUCCAAAGUGUGUGUCAAUGAAGAAGGUAUUCAGAAACUACAGCGAGCCAUCCAGGAGCACCCGGUUGUCCUGCUGCCCAGCCACCGAAGCUACAUCGACUUCCUGAUGUUGUCUUUCCUUCUGUACAACUACGACCUGCCGGUCCCGGUCAUCGCGGCGGGGAUGGACUUCCUGGGGAUGAAGAUGAUCGGGGAGCUGCUGCGCAUGUCGGGCGCCUUCUUCAUGCGGCGCACCUUCGGCGGCAACAGACUCUACUGGGCCGUGUUCUCCGAAUACGUCAAAACCAUGUUACGGAAUGGUUAUGCUCCUGUUGAAUUUUUCCUCGAAGGGACAAGAAGCCGCUCCGCCAAGACUCUGACUCCUAAAUUUGGUCUUCUGAAUAUUGUGAUGGAACCUUUUUUCAAAAGAGAAGUUUUUGACACCUACCUUGUUCCGAUUAGCAUCAGUUACGAUAAGAUACUGGAAGAAACCCUUUAUGUGUAUGAGCUUUUAGGGGUGCCCAAGCCAAAGGAAUCUACGACCGGAUUGCUGAAAGCCAGGAGGAUUCUCUCGGAAAACUUUGGCAGCAUCCACGUAUACUUCGGAGACCCCGUGUCGCUUCGAUCUCUGGCAGCUGGGAGGUUGAGCCGAAGCCCGUAUAACCUGGUCCCAAGGUACAUCCCUCAGAAGCAGUCAGAGGACACGCAAGCCUUUGUCACUGAGGUCGCCUACAGGAUGCAGCUCCUGCAGAUCCAGAACCUGGUGCUGAGCCCGUGGGUCCUGGUGGCCACCGUCCUGCUGCAGCACCGGCCGGCCAUGGACUUCGACGCCCUGAUGGAGAAGACGCUGUGGCUGAAGGGCUUAACCCUGGCCUUCGGGGGCUUCCUCAUGUGGCCGGACAAUGAACCCGCUGACGAGGUGAUCCAGUCCAGCCUCCUCCUGCACUCCAACAUCGCCAGCCUCGACAGGGACCGCGUGGUUCUGAAAGUGGACUCCAGGGACUCGGAGGUGGUGGACGGCCUCAUCUACCAGCACAUCACGCUCCUCACGUGCUCGGCCUACAGGAACCAGCUGCUCAACGUCUUCGUCCGGCCCUCCUUGGUGGCUCUGGCGCUGCAGGCGGCUGGUGGGGGCAAGAAAGAGGACGUCUACUGCCGCUUCCGCUUCCUGCGUGAUGUCCUGUCGGACGAGUUCAUCUUCCUUCCGGGAAACGCAGUGAAGGACUUUGAAGAAGGCUGCUACCUGCUUUGUAAAAGCGAGACCAUUCAGGUGACGACGAAGGACAUCCUAGUGACAGAGGAGGGAAAGCCCGUGUUCGAGUUCUUAAUAGGCCUCUUCAGGCCCUUUGUGGAGUGCUACCAGAUCAUCUGCAAACACCUCCUGGAGGAGGAGAAGGACCACUUCACGGAGAAGGAGUACCUGGCGAGGGUCAGGACGUUCACCAGCCAGCUUCUCGAUGAAGGCGCCUCGCAGUGUUACGACGUGCUGUCCUCCGACGUACAGAAAAAUGCCUUGGCAGCCCUGGUGCGGCUGGGCGUGGUGGAGAGGAAGAAGGUAAAUAACGACUGUGUAUUUAAUGUGAACGAACCUGCCGCAGCGAAGCUAGAAGAAAUGCUUGAUGGUAAGACGCCAGUAGGAAAACCAGUAACUGCAAAACUUUAAUGACUGCCAAGCAGCUGUGGGACUGUGGCCGUACAAUUACUGUCAUCCAAGGACUCUUACAGCCAAUGGCGUGUAGCAAGAGCCUUUCUCCUCCUCCCGGGACCCAGACCGAGGCUCCGUGGGGAGGAAGGGCACCGCCUACAGCCUCGGGCGGCGUCUCCACCCACCACAGGACUUAAAAGGCAUUUGUAUCAACUCUGUGUGUUUUAAAAUAAAAUAACCUUUUGGAAACAUGUUGGAAAACAAA